AUGAUCACGGUUCUCUGCGACUGUGAAUCGAUAAUCAACUCGAGACCUCUCACCUAUAUUUCAGAAAGAGAUACAGAUUUUGUUCCACUGUCACCAUCAUUAUUCCUACAAGACAUUAGAGAAGUUGGAGUGCCCGACUGUGAUGCAGCAGAUCACAAAAGCCUAAAUAAAAGGAUAAAAUAUCGUCUUGCUUUGCAAAAGGACCUUAGGAAAAGAUUCAGGUCUGAGUAUUUAGGCUCGUUAAUUCAAAGGCCAAAGCUUCAAAAUAAGUCGAUUAUUUCUGUCGGUGAUGUUGUUCUUGUAGGAAACGAUAAUCAGAAGCGUAUCAACUGGCCCUUGGGACGUGUGACAGAAAUCAUCCCCGGAAAAGAGGGAAUUACCAGACUCGUGAGACUUAAAACAGCCCGUGGAGAAAUACUAAGACCGAUUCAACGACUGUUUCCAUUGGAGAUAACUUAUGAUGUGGCUAAGGAUGUCAGAGCUAAAGUGCAACAAGAGCAAGUUACUCCUAAAGUGCAACAACAGCAAGUUACUCCUAAAGUGCAACAACAGCAAGUUACUCCUAAAGUGCAACAAGAGCAAGCUGCUCAUGAAGUGUCGCAGACACGAGUAUUAGAUCCUGAAGGUCCCAUUUCAGAAACUGUCAAAACUCGAUCUGGAAGAAUCGUACAUGGACCAAAAAGACUCGAUUUGUGA